AUGUUUCAGAUGCUUCAGACAGUGGGUAAAUUUCAUGGACAUGCUACGGAGGACCCGCAUCAACAUUUGAAAUUCCUUAUGGGAGUUUGCAAUUCAUUCAAGGAUGAAGGAUUGAGCAAAAAAGUGAUGAGGCUUAAGCUAUUUCCGCAUUCACUUAGAGAUGAAGCCAGAACGUGGUUGGAGUCCCUUCCUUCAGAAUCUAUUACAAGUUGGGAUGACUUGGCUGAGAAGUUCCUGAUGAAGUACUUCCCACCCAACAAAAAUGCUAAGUAUCGCAAUGAGAUCAACAAUUUUCAGCAAUUUGAUGGGGAAUCACAAAACCCUGCUGAAGCAUUUAAUAUUUUGGAAAGAAUAUCAUCAAACAAUCACUCAUGGUUUGAUCCUAAAGCUGUUCAAGGAAAAUCGAGCAAGGCGCUGGUUGAGUCUGAAUCAUAUACUACAUUGAAUUCAAAGAUUGAGAAUCUGACGGACUUGGUAAUGAGAAGUAUAACGCAGCAAAGUCCAGCUGGAGCAUCAGUUGGUAUGRCUAAUGUUAAUCAAAUUCAAGGAAUUUCUUGCUCUUUCUACGAAGGAGACCACCAUUACAACAACUGCCCUGGAAAUCCGGAGUCAAGUGGCAAUCAAGGAGGACACAAUGCGGGAACAUCUAAUGCUCCAGCAUUUCAGCAAAAGAGGCAAUCCGAAGGAUCAUUUGCAUCAUUGGAAAAGCUGAUGAAGCAAUACAUGGCCAAUAAUGAUGCCACUGUGGAAAGACAAGUUUCACCAUUAAGGAACCUAGAAUUGCAAGUAGGCCAGUUAGCUACGGAUCUGAAUAGCAGACCGAUUGGAGCAUUACCCAGCGACACGGAAGUGCCAAAAAGAGAUGGUAAGGAACAAUGCAAGGCCCUCACUUUGGGAAGUGGUAAAGCAUUACCUCCGGUGCAUCUGAAUGCCCCAGCAUUGAGCAAGGAACAUACUUAA